AUGAUUGAAGGUGUGAAGUUCUAUGGCAGUCCACUUCAACCACGACAGCCCAAAGAACGGCCGAUGGCCUUUGGAAGGAGGCGUGGAGCGGAGCUGAAGGAGGAGUGGGCGAAGAUCCCAGCCGAUGUGGAUGUGCUGCUGACCCACACGCCACCGGCCACCAUUUUGGAUGUCUCGCCCUACACUGGAAAGCCAAUAGGCUGUGAAGAGCUGCUAAAGGCUCUAACCAAAAAGGCUCCUGCGGUGCAUGUCUUUGGGCAUGUGCACAACGGUUAUGGAAGCCUUGCCAAGCCGAAGACCCUUUUCAUCAAUGCCUCCACCGCCGUCGAGCGCCGGGGGGCGCAGGGCACCAUCAACCCACCGGUCUCUUUUUGGGUACAGAAGAAGGCAGAUCGGAAAGGAAGCUCGGCAGGCAUGCUCAUCACAGCAGCCGCACCCUGA